ACUAAUCUCGCAAGUGGAAAGUGGAGUAUUUAAACGCAGCGAGGGGCGGGGAGAGAGCGAAGUAAACGCCGGUGCGCUGUAGUGAGCCAGUUCGUUCAGGAGACGCGCCGAGUUUACUGCGAAAACCACCGGAUUUCUAAUAAGAGUCGCACCUUUCAGAUAGACGUUGAUCAAUACAGGUUUUUAGUAUGCCGAUCAAGGCUGUUUGCGUGUUGUCCGGAUCGGACACAACCAAGGGAACCCUUCACUUCACGCAGGAGGGUGACGGGAAGCCGGUUAAAGUUGUUGGCGAAAUUACUGGCCUCAGCAAAGGAAAGCAUGGGUUUCACAUUCAUGAGUUCGGAGAUAACACUAACGGGUGUGUGAGUGCAGGUGCACACUUUAACCCGCAUGGAAAGGAGCACGGCGCACCUACUGACGCGAACAGGCACGUUGGAGACCUAGGCAAUGUAGAGGCUGGCGACAACGGAGUUGCGAAGGUGAACAUCGAGGACUCUGUAAUUUCGCUUUGUGGAGAGCACAACAUCAUUGGACGAUCUCUUGUGGUCCAUGCCGACCCAGAUGACCUUGGAAAGGGAGGCCAUGAGCUUAGCAAGACCACCGGGAAUGCAGGCGCACGACUUGCCUGUGGCGUGGUUGGCAUCACCAAAUAAGCUGAGAAAAAAGCACCUAAUAUACCUUGGUCAUGCGUUCAACAUUCGGACUAAUAAACGCCAUUGUUUUUUUU